GAUCCUGGAGCUCCCGGUGCCCUUAGCCUUUACACCAAUCCUUCCUUUUUCUUCGAUUUAUGGAGGCAAGAAAUGCUCAAGGAUUGCGCUGAUAAUAAUACGAGAAGACGUAUCAAAUCUCCAACACCUGAUGGAUUAGCUGCUGUGAAGAGCCCGAAAAAGCGAAGGCAACGAGUACCACCACAACAUCAAGAAGUGCCCAGGCAACAAGCAGCUAGGUACAUGUCUUCACUGCGGAAUCCUCGUGCUGCGGCGUUAUCGUUCCCUGAUGAGUAUCAAGCACCUCAAGCUUUGGGAUUGCAGUUGCAUAAAACAAGCCAAAUUCAGCACAUUCAGGUACUACUUGGAUUUACUGGACCGAAAUUUCGUUUCUGUGUCGAUUCACCUCCGCAACCCCAGAAUACGUCCAUGCAAUCGUCGAUGAAUGCUAAUCGACCAGCACCCUCUGUAGAAAGCCGCCAAAGAGCUGUGGUCAGUCCAGUCAAGGAAUUAAAGCGUGAACUUCCACCUCCGGAUUUGGCUCUGCUCUCCAUCGACGACGAGGAUGAGGAACUCCCGCCUCCACCGCCUACUUUGAUGCACACAAGUGUUGUACAUCACCUUCCAUCACCGCCACCAAGUGCUAUUCAACUUGUACCAAGUGAUGCUCAAGCAGUGGUAUGUCAUUUUUUUACCGUUCUUUUUCUGUUCCAUCUAUUUCUGAAACUAUUGUAA